ACGCACCUAAUCACGUUUCAUACCUAACAAAUAAAGAAUACAUAAAAACUAGCUGUAUGCUAUUUUGAGUUCAGAGCUUUUUAUGGAACUACCAUUAAUGAAGUCCAAUUAGAAGUUUAUUUUAAAAUUCAUGGUUAAACGUCAGGUCAUUCAUCAUUAUUUAUGGAUACGAAUGUUAGUCACUGUAGUAUAGUACGAUAGAGGGAAAUAAGAUACAAAAUAAAUGAAAUGAUAUCGUUUUUAACCGGCAAAUCGAAAUUUGUUUUAGGCGUCAGUUUCAAUUGAGAAAUUGAGUAUUUUAUGAUUUCCCAAGUUUUCUCCAUCUCAUUUACCAGACACCUCAUUGAUACUGAAACAACGUGAAAGACACUGAAAACGUAAAUUGAUAUGUAUACGGUGAUGACCAAAACUUCAAUUUUUAAGCUAAUUCUUGUAUUUUGUUUAUAGAACAUUAGACAAUGGUUGCAAAGUCGUUGAAAGGAGAAUGAUUAUUGAGUAUGAUUUGUUUUUUCUGAAAAGAAAUACCUUUGAUAAUCAGACAGCUUUAAUUUUUAUGAUCAUCAAGUUCUGAGUAGCACCGUUAAGAUUAUUCACUUCGGAUACCAGUACAAAAAUAUGUACAAUGUAAAGAAAAGCAACAUAUUUACAAGUGAUAAGCCAUGCUAAGUUUCUUUAGAUGUCCUUUACAUUUCGUUUCCCUAAUGGUUGAAUACGUAUUUUAUUACUAACUUGAUAUAAUAAUCCUAUUGGAAGUUUCUGAGAAACAAGCGGAUUUUUCAAAGAAAUCCUAGAAAACCUAGUUUAAAAAGUUUCUAAAAAGAAUCUCGCUUAUGCGAAUAUACUCCUUCUUUUGAAUGGCAUAACCCGCAAGCCUCUAUCGCAUUCCUAUCAAAAGUUACUCAAAAACAUCCGCGUGUCUUAUACUUUGAAAUGGAUAGUAGUCCAAUCGUCCGUUUGGUUAAAUAUUUCUCGUUCUCAUCGUUCAAUUAUUUUCUGAUAUGGUAAUAAUCCUGUCAAUCCUGUUGAUUAGUCGUACCAUUACAGUCCUGCACAUAUCCAGUUGGUAUGAAACAAUAUUCAUGUGAACAUUUGGUUGGGUUGUUUGCUUUAUUAAACUUGUAUCAAGUUAGUGGUAAAAUAAGUAUUCAACCGUUAGAGAAACGAAAUGUAAAGGACAUUUAAAGAAAGCUAACAUGGCUUGUAAAUAUGUUGCUUUUCUUCACAUUGUAGAUAUUUUUGUAGUGGUUUCAAAAGUGAAUAAUCUUAGGAGUGCUACUCAGAACUUGUUGAGCAAAAGUAUCUUGCUUUGGUGAUCAUAAAUACGGUUAUCAAAAGGCACAUUUUCCCAUAAUUAUAGAAAAAAGGAAUUUUUUCCAAUAAUUUUGUUGUGAAUAGCUACGCUAACAUCGGAUGUUUAUAUGACAAGAUACUUUCUUGAUUCAGCUCUUCAUUACCAUUUGAAAUUGGCUUAGACAGUAUUCGUCGUCAUUUAUCCAGGCCUGAUCGCCAAGAUACUAUUGAUUACUAUCCAUCCCAAAAUACAAGACCCGUGGGCAUUUUUGGAUAA